UAGAACAGUGGAACAGUGGAACAGUGGAACAGUAGAACAGUAGAACAGUGGAACAGUGGAACAGUGGAACAGUAGAACAGUGGAACAGUGGAACAGUGGAACAGUAGAACAGUGUAGAACCCUAGCGGCGGUUCCAUGGAGAUCGUCCACGUCUACACGAAGCUCCGCCAAGAGCUCGGACGCCAGUGUCUGUUCUCGGACCGGCCUGCUGAGCUGCUGCUGGACCUGCUCCCGGACCCGAGUCUGGGUCUGGAGUUCAUCCCGAAAAACCCCAGAGAACAGGCCCAGGGGCUGGACUGCAACAUGUCCGAGCACCAGGUGAGACCCCCCUGCCACCGGCAUCACCCGUGUGGAAUGAUAAACAGAAGGGGCUCCAGGAGCGAGCCCUGGGGAACACCAGUAGUGACAGGACUUGGCUGGUCAAUGCCACUGGAGAAAGAAAUGUAUGUCCUUGAAAUGACAGGUGACAGAUUACAUCUACAGGUGAACACGGAGCGCUUCCAGUCCAACAGCUGUGGGAUCAACCAUGUGGAGGGGGGGUGGCCGAAAGACGUCAACCCUGAGGAGAUGGAACAAACCAUCCGUUUCAGGAAGAAGGUGGAAAAAGACGAGAGCUUCAUCAGCAGCAUUCUGCAGCUGUCCAGUGUAAGAUCCACCUCCACCCUGUUCUCUUCAGUCCACAUCCACCCGUCCACCUCAGAUGUAAUGGAGCACUGCAUCAGACAGAACAAUGCUGUGGACAUCUACCAGGAGUACCUGGAGGAGGAGGAGGAAGUGGAGGGAAGUCAGGAGUCGCCUUCCGCCAAGACUAUCAAUGUUUUUAGAGAUCCUAACGAGGUGAAACGUACCAUCACCGGUCUGUCCUGGCAUCCCGACAGCGGCAGAAAGCUGGCGGCCGCCUACUCCUGCCUGGAGUUCCAGAAAACCUCCAAAGACAUGAGCCUGGACUCCUACAUCUGGGACAUUGAGAACCCAGACAGACCAGAGAUGACACUCAAGCCGACAUCUCCACUUAUCUGUCUGAAUUAUAAUCCUAAAGAUCCACACAUUCUGGUAGGAGGCGGCUUCAAUGGACAGAUCGCGUACUGGGACACCCGGAGAGGCAGCCAGCCUGUGGAGAUCUCCUCUGUGGAGCAGAGUCACAGGGACCCGGUCUACAAAAUCGUCUGGCUGCAGUCCAAGACCGGAACUGAUGCGUUCUCUGCCUCCACGGACGGACAGAUUCUAUGGUGGGAUGUUCGCAAGUUGAGCGAGCCCACAGAGCGUCUGGUUCUGGACCUGGGCCGGGAGGGGGACCUCAAUCGGGCUCUAGGGGCCAUCUCACUGGAGUUUGAAUCCACCAUGCCGACUAAGUUCAUGGUGGGGACGGAGCAGGGUGUGGUCGUCUCCUGUAACAGGAAGGCAAAGACACCGGCUGAGAAAAUAGUUUGUACUUACGAGGGUCACCACGGACCCAUCUACGCCCUGCAGAGGAAUCCCUUCUUUCCCAAAAACUUCCUCACCGUGGGGGACUGGACGGCCCGAAUCUGGUCUGAGGACAUCAAGGAAUCGUCCAUCAUGUGGACCAAAUAUCAGGUCUCGUUCCUGACAGACGCCUGCUGGAGCCCGGUCAGACCGUCUGUCUUCUUCACAGUGAAGAACGACGGUGUCUUGGACGUCUGGGACAUCCUCCUCAAACAGAACAGCCCCACACUCAGUCUGCAGGUGUGUGACCAGGCUCUGAACAGCCUUUGUGUCCAGGACAACGGCCGCUUGGUGGCGUGUGGUUCUCAGCAGGGCGAGGCCACGCUGCUGGACAUCUGCUCUGGACUUUCGACGCUCCAGAAGAACGAGAAGAACCUGCUGUCUGCUAUGUUUGAGCGCGAGACAAAGCGAGAGAAGAUCCUAGAGGCUCGGCAGAGAGAGAUUCGUCUGAAAGAGAGGAGUCGCUUGGAGCAGGGCAAAGAGGAGGAGGAAGGAGGUCAGGAGGAGGGAGAGGAGACUCCUGAAGAGCUGAUCCUCAGAGCCGAGAGCGACUUCUCCAGCAUGGUGGGGAUGGAGCAGAGGAGGAGGAAGGAGGACGAGGACGGAUAACAAGGAGAAAGACGCCUGUGAAGAAGAAUAAGUGAAAGACGAAGCAGAAACUUCAACAAUAAAAACCAUGAGCUCACUUCCUCUUGUUUUCUGUGGUCCUCCUCAGGUGUGACAGAUCGCUGGUUCAUGUAACGUUUACUCUACAAACCUUCUGAUCUCAGAUUCUAUAAUUCAGACUUUUUAGUUAAAUGUUCAUGUCUGUGCUGAAACACAAGUUGUCGUCUUUGUUCAGUUAAAAAAUUCAGAUUUCUAAUAAACGCUUUUGUCUGGAUCUCUCAAUUUGACUGACACGGUCACAUCAGGUGAUCGUGACUCUAGCUGUAGUUCUACAGAGCAGCCACAGGGGGCACUGGGUUAAAGCAAACAUCACCAAAGACCUUUAAAAACACAUCUGAACAAACCUCAACGUUCAUCGAGCUCACGUUUAUUUGUUAAAUCACUGACCUGGCUGCAGCUGUGACGAUUCCAGCAGAUGGCGCUGUCUCACUGAGCACAGACACGCAAGCUCCUGAACGGCUCGGGAAGUAUAUUUUUUUUCAAACCGAGUAUUUUAGUCCACUCGUAGUAUUGUGUGUUUUUUGAGGGGUUCUUCUGAUUUGAGGUGUUUUGGAGCUUAAGUGAAUUUGUACUUGUAAUAAAGUUUCUU